UCGGAAAGUUUCGCGCAAUCAUCAAAAGAAUAACACUGCAUGAAUAAAAUGGAAUCGUCGCGUGAGCAAUCGCCAGUCGAUGACCGGGAAGAAAAAGUUCAUACAUAUGAGAGGCCUGAGGAAACGUCACUCGAUGAGCAACAGCAAUUGAGCACGCGAAAACAACAAGAACAACAUUUGCUUGAAAUCCAGCAUGAGAAGCAGCAGCAGUUGCAGGAACAACGUCCUCCUAAAGAAACUAUAAUCCCACAUUUUGUGCAUGAGGAGGAGACUUUAGGAGUUACCUCAAUAUCUGCAUCUGCCUCUGCUUCUGUUUCAGAUGCUGCUUAUGAAGCAGAUGUUGACGAUGUUGAUAUGUUGCCAACUGCUGUUGCUAUUGAUAAAAAUAAGCCGGAUCAGGUGGUGACUGAAGUCAUCAGCUUGCCGCCGUUGAGUACGCAACCGCGACGUCAAGCGGAGCGUGAACAUAUUUAUGAGCUUUUUCAACCUUGGGCAUUGAAGAAUUAUGGCGAUCAAGCGAAGACAAAAACCAUUACGUUGCGUAAAAAGACGCGCAUCUUGAAAGCAUUGGAGGGCAAGGAGCAUAGUCGGCCGGACAGUUCGAAAUUUCGAUUUUGGGUGAAAACGAAAGCUUUCACUACCAAACGUCCAGCUGGAUUUGCAGAAGCAGCCGGUGGCCAUCGACAACUCGAACCACUGCCCCCAAAUGCUGUACUCUCAGAUAACGCGAGUCAAGUUGAUCUGUUUGUAGGCUCAACGACUAAGGACUUUGGCAAGCGCACCUAUCGCAAGGUAGCCGUGGUGGAGGAGUUCUUCGAUAUUAUCUACAAUGUGCACAUGGAAUUGGGUGGACGCAGUGGCAUGCAUGCAGGACAAAAGCGCACAUACCGCAUAAUUACCGAAACCUAUGCUUUUUUGCCGCGCGAAGCUGUCACACGCUUCCUAUCCAUUUGUCCGGAGUGUAAGAAGAAUUUACGCGCCACUUCACCGGCCACCGCCCACAAUCCACCGGAUGAAUGUGGCAAUGACAGCUCAUCUGAAAUUGAAGUUCUCAACUAUUCUUCCCAUACUGAAAGUUCAGUGGAAGCUGCACCGGCUCGACUAAGCAGCACAUCUGGUCUAAAAAAAGCCACUGCAACCACCACCAGCACCAAAGCAAUAAAAGCGCCAACAACAUGCUCAACGGUGGUGCCAUUAAAACGCCGCUAUUCACAGCUUGAAGAAGCUGUUGACAGCACAAAAUUUGCGCCAGCUUCGCAGUCGAUAGCGCGCGCUUUGCUAACAGCGCCAUUAAGACAGCGUCCCGCAGCGCCAGCUUCGUUACCAAGAUCUAGCUCAACAGAUACUGCCGCUGCCGUAGCCACACAUGAAGCGGCAGUUAUGCCAACAAUAACAAUAGAUUUGGUAUCCGAAUCGGUAGCUUCUAUUGUCAAACCAACGCCAUCACCAGUAGUCGCACAACCGAAAAUACGCAUCAAUCCGCAGUUGCAGCGUCCAUUGACUCCGCCUCCGGUGUCGGUAUCGGUGUCUUUGCCGUUGCCGUUGCCUGUUUCGGUUUCUCUUUCCACUUCAGUGUCGCGUGCUGCAACUACAACAACGGCAUCAGCGGCACCAUUGGUGGUGCGCGAACCGGUUACGCAUGCGCCGCCUCCUUACCUCGGCUAUCAUCCCCUUUGUUUCGAUAUGAAUUUCUUAAAGACACAUGAAAGCUUCUUUCGUUACUAUGAAAUGAUGCGUCGUUUCUAUGCUGGCAGUUUUCCACUAGCCACACCGCCACUCUCCGCUGAGUUCGCUGAAUUUGCUGGUUUUGCUGAAAUGCUUACAGCUCAACGUAGUUCCAGCUCAGCGGAAGUGGGUACAAUGCCAACCACUUCGUAUGGAAAACAGUCCACUGUAACGAAAGAACUUGUAACAUCUGAAAGUCCGUCCGUUUACCAAAAUAAAUCAUCAUUGCACCCCACAGAGGAGCCGCUCAUGAAAAAGUUCAAAAGCUCACCUGAAAGUGAGAAAAGUUACAGACCUCGCUGCUCCAAAAUCGAUACACAGACUCAUAAAGAUUUUCCGAAAACUAGCCAUGCAUCCUCCGAUACUGCUGUCGCUGCGUCUGUAUCUACUGCUGAGUUGGAAACGAUUACCGAAGCUGCUCCGCUGCCGUCGCUGUCUCCACCACCAACACAACUCAGUGCAAUUAAUCUUUCUACUUCUUCUACUUGCAGAUCUACACGCUCCAAUGGCACAUCUACGUCUCAUACCAAACCUCCAACGUCUUUACCAUCCAUUAUCAUACCAAAGCUACUAACACCACUAACACCAUUAUCAUCGUCAACGCUUUCACAACUGCUCACAUCCACACCCACUGCUCAGUGUUCAAAAGCGCCGCUCAGCAAAGGCAGUUUGUCGUCGGAACUUUCAUUUAAGUCUGCAUCAACUGAAAUGAAGGCUUCUUCGUCCAGGUUCGCAGCAUCAGGUGGCGCUGACCGUGAACGUCCAACUAUUAGUUCACCGUCAACCCGAUUUUCGUCACGCUUGCCACCUUUAGACUUGGAACGUCUGAAACCCAUCACUUCGACAUAUUUGCAAUUGACCCGCAGCAUGGGUUUGAGCGAUGAGGAUGCCUUGCGUUUUGACAAUCUGGUGAGUAACGACUUCAAUUAUACACUAUAA